AUGGUGAAAGAAAGCGUAAUUCAAAUUUUGAGUGCGGUGGUUUUUAUCACUCAGCUUACUGGAAUUUUCUCAUUCAAUUACCAACAAGUCAACGAAUGGAGUGGAACUGAUAAAGAAUAUGCAGGAAGAAGACAAUCUCCUGUAAAUAUCGUAACGCGUCAAAUAAAGAAAGAGCUCAAAGAGAAUUUGAAAAUGUCUGGUGGCGAAAUAAAACCAACAAGAAUCGAAGUGAAGAAUGAUGGCCAUACUGUGAAAUUUUCGCCUAUCUAUCCAUCUGAAAGACCAAGUAUUAGUGGUGGACCUCUCAAUGGUGUGUAUUACUUGGACAGCUUCCACUUCCACUGGAGUGUUACGAAUUCAAAAGGAAGUGAGCAUGCUAUUGAUGGAAAAUAG